GAUGAGUACGCUACACCCGGAAGUGUCUCCGGUGAGAGGAAGGUGGUGGCCUCACGGGUAUGGGCCGCAACAAGAAGAAGCGAGAUGGUGAUGACCGGCGGCCCAGGCUAGUUCUCAGCUUCGAUGAGGAGAAGAGGCGGGAGUACCUGACAGGCUUCCACAAGCGGAAGGUCGAGCGGAAGAAGGCAGCCAUUGAGGAGAUUAAGCAGCGGCUGAAAGAGGAGCAGAGGAAGCUUCGGGAGGAGCGCCACCAGGAAUACUUGAAGAUGCUGGCAGAGAGAGAAGAGGCACUGGAGGAGGCCGAUGAGCUGGACCAGCUGGUGACAGCAAAGAUGGAGUCGGUGCAGUACGACCACCCCAACCACACAGUCACCGUGACCACCAUCAGUGACCUGGACCUCUCGGGGGCUCAGCUGCUCAGGGUGACCCCACCUGAGCGUCAGCAAGUCCACGGCCUCUGCCACCUUGUCCAUGUCGAUGGCACUCAGCCGCAGCCGGUCCACACACUCCAGCCGCGGCCUGAACUGGAAGAAGGGCAGGGGCCCCAAAGCCAAACUGGGGAGCGCACAAGUCAUGGAGGCCUCACCGGCUGCCGCGGCUACAGCGAUGUCGGGCCCCUCUGGGCCGCUGGAGAGCGGGGAGGGGCUGGAGACAGGUCUGAGGAGGAGGCAUCAUCCAUGGAGAAGCCCACCAAAGCCUUGCCCAGGAAGUCCAGAGACCCCCUGCUCUCUCAGCGGAUCUCCUCCCUCACAGCAGCACUGCAUGCACACAGCCGCAAAAAGGUCAAGAGGAAACAUCCCCGCAUGGCCCAGGACUCUAAGAAGCCCCCAAGGGCCGCUCGCACCAGCAGGGCCCAGCGUCGCCGUUUGACAGGCAAAGCACAGCACAGCAGGGAGUGAGGCUGAGAACCAAGCCGCGCCCCAGUCCAGGCUGCGGGGACCUGGCCUUUGUCAUCUUGGCUGUCCCUGUUGCUCAGCCUGCACCAAGGUGAUGACUGCACAGCCCAAAGUUGGGAAGCCAGGACCUCUCUGGCCUGGGGCCGGCUGCCUUUGCCUGGGGUUUGAAUUUCAGAAGAAGUGGGCAGCUGAGCGCAGCCUCCCCGGGAAGAGCCUUCGGAGACACGUUGGGGCAUCUUCCCAAAUGUGCACCCCACCUGGCACUUAUCAAAUUUGGGAAACUCAUCAGAGAUUUGUGCACUCGUGAUUUGUUUGCCCCGAUACCACGUGCAAGGGCAUUUUCUGGGGUGGUUGACAUGGACAGGGGCCAUGGCUCUAUCCCCAGCAGUUUUCCCUGUGGUUGCAAUAAAGUCCAGUUCUGCUUCUA